GUUAUACUUUACGGCACGUUCAUCAAUCAAGAGUUGAACAUCGUCUUGAAUCUAUAGAGAAAGCUAUGAAGAAUAAUUAUCAAAUUGAAGACCCUGAAUUUAAGAAGCUUGUGUCUGGUUCCAUUACUUUACCAGCUUGUGUUGCAACUGCUGGAACCACACUGAUUAUUGGGUAUGGCUUGGGUUGGCGAGGUGGAAAAUGGUAUGCUAACAGAAAGUUUAGAAGGGAGCAGAUGAAACUGUUGGGACAGAUAAAACCUAAAAGAUGGCCACUCAGGUUUUUACGACGACCACUAAUAAGGCCUAAAUCGCCAGAAAAUCUAUUAACUGGAUCAGAAGCAUUGCCAAAGGAUGCAUCUGUUUCCCACCGUUGAGGAGAAAUCCCUACCUUUGCUGACAAAAUGAGUUCCAAUGGCAAAUUUUUGGUUCUACCGAAAUUACUAGAGUACAGGUUAGCUGUAUAGUAUGCCAAAUGUUCAUAACUAUUCUUGUUUACAACUUGUCAUUGGACUGCUCAUUUUUUAUUAUCAACGAGGAUUUUAAAUCUUUAACCUCCAAACAUCAUUAUAGAGAAAUUUAGCGACCCACCAUUGGACAUA